ACUUCCUAGAGAUUAGAGAAGACAAGAUUACUGUGCUGCAAUGUUUAGAAGUUGGAAUGUGAUUAUUUUUGUAACUUUAUCAAAAAAUAAAUAUAUGUAGUUUACGACUAACUUCAUAAAAAUCCUUAUUGUAUUAUGUAUUAGAAACUAUAAUAACCAUUAUUAGCAGAAACAUUUUUAUAAAACUAACCUCAAAUUGAAAAUAUUAUGAUGAGUCUCUCCUACGAGCCCUGCAAGAAAAAGGCACGUAGAGAUGUUCAAAGUAAAUAUAAUAGAAGAAAAAAUAAGGUAGAAGUUUCAGUUGAAGAAAAAAUUUAUGCAAAACCUCCUAAGAAACAUACUCCGAAAUUUCGUUUAAAAUCAGCUGGCCAUAUAGCAUCACUUGAGACACCAUUAAAUGAAAGAAUUCCUAUACUUUUAACAGACAUUCAGCACUUGCUUCUACAUUCAUUGUUGGGAAAUUUAAACAUAACUCAAUCACCAAGGUGGUAUACUAUAGACAAAUGCAAUCAUGUGUGCCAAACAACAUGUCUUAUAAUUGAGGGUAUUUCAAUAAAUCAAUUAGAAGAACAUAAAGAAAAAUUAAUUAAUAUAAAUACUAUCUUUGAGAAUUUUGUUGAAAUCUUAACACCAUCAGUAUACAAUGGUUCCCUUGUUAAAGAAUUAGCAUUGGUGCCCCUUUCAGAAACAGAGAAAGAAUGCAUUAUACAGAAAUAUGGAAGCUUGAAUUUAGCUUUAGAAGUCCGGAAAGAUCUUAUGGUUAUGAUGAGAGCUGUAUUUCCUAUCGACGAAGACAUUGAAGAUAAAAUAGUACAGAUAGAAUGUGAGGAUAAGUUCCCUAGAACUCAACUACUGUUAUCUGCUUGGCAAUUGAUUGAGGAAAAUUACCCAGUCCCUUUGAAAGGCAAGUUGAAAAAUAUAUACUCUGAUUAUGUUUUCUCUAAAGAAGAGUAUAAAGCCGUUACAGCUGAUUCUCCUAUGUUUGGGCUUGAUUGUGAAAUGUGCAUUACAAAUGUUGGAUCAGAACUGACUCGAAUCUCAGUUGUAGAUGAGAAAUACAAAUUGGUGUAUGAGUCACUGGUUAAACCCUAUAACAACAUUACAGAUUAUUUAACUAGGUAUUCUGGUAUUUCAGAAUCUUCUUUAGAAAAUGUUACCAAAAGAUUGGAAGAUGUUCAGAAAGACUUACGUGAAUUAUUACCACCUGAUGCUAUACUGGUUGGUCAAUCACUUAACUCUGACUUACAUGCUUUAAAAAUGUUUCAUCCUUAUGUAAUUGAUACUAGUUUAAUAUAUAAUUUUACUGGUGAAAGAACACGGAAGUCCAAAUUAAAGAUAUUAGUUAAGGAGUUUUUGAAUAUGGAUAUACAAACAAAUAAGAAUGGUCAUUGUUCAAUAGAGGAUUCAAUAGCAGCUCUUAAAUUAGUUCAAUUAAAACUAAGCAAAUUUAUUGAAUUUGGAGAUGCUGUGCAUACUAAUAGACAGAGCUAUAAAGAAAAUGUUGUAAGAUUAUCUACAAAAUCUGAUUAUGCAUUAUCAAUUUUUAAUCAUAUUAUUGAGCAGAAAAAGACAUCUCUGGUAGUGGGAUGUGAUGAUAUCACAGGGGACUAUCAUACUUACUUAACACAAGCAAAAGACAGUAUGAGUACACAGUUAAAAAAGAGUAAACCUAAAAAAGUAAAACUUAGUACCGUUGAUACAGUAACUGAUGUUAUCACUACUGUUACUGAAGCUGCAAAUGAUUACAAUUUAAUUAUGGCUCAUUUGAAACAAAAUUCAACUCUACAGUCUUGUGAUGCAACAAAUAUUGAUGAAUGGGUCAAAAAUAUUUGGAGCAGUCUGAAGGAUUCUGCUUUAUUUGUUGUUGUUUUUAGUGGUACUACUGCUGAAAAUGGAGUUGCUAUGAUAAGAGUAAAAAAUUUAUAAAGUAAAUUA